AUGCCAUUUCUACCUUUGGCUGUUAAGCAGCUCUGUCAAAAACUGGAGCCUGCUCAGGGGCUUGGACUCUUCGCAGGGCAACCAAAAGCAGCCUCAGCACUCUUUUACUACGGAAUGGUGCAUUCUACUUUGGGUGCAGUGAUGUUUGGCUAA